CAUCCCAACACUGUAUUACUAAACAUGUUCACUUCUGUGGUGUUGCUGAGUAUGCUGGUGGCCGCAGGUGUGGCUCUCCCAGGGGGAUACCAACAACCCUCUUAUGCUCCGAUCCCUUACAAUUUCAACUAUGACGUCAACGCUGGAGCCACCAACUUUGGCCAGCAAGAGAGUGGUAACGGUGGCAACGCCAAGGGCUCCUACUGGGUCCAACUACCAGACGGUCGACUCGAGAGAGUUGAUUACUGGGCUGACGGUAGUGGAUAUCAUGCUACAGUGUCCUUCCAGGGCACUGCCAAGCAUCCCAGUUAUGCUCCAUCUUAUGGUUACUAGCUAAUAACUACACUAUUACUGAAAAAUUAUCUUGAUCAUUCUCUAAGAAAUUUUUUUUUCGAUAUGAUCUCCUUUUACAAGUCACUUUUCACUGUCUACUUACCUGAAUGCAUUUGUAACAAAUUAUGAACGUUAAUGUCCGAAACAAGAUAAGUGUCUCAUGGCAAAGGUCUUUUUAGCUAAUGAUCCAUCAGAUGGUUAGAUGUCCACUGGCCUACAAGAUCUAUAUUUUCAUUCCAGUGAAAAAAUAAAGGAUCAUCAAAUAGUAAUGACCUAAGUUUCCUUAACGUUUAGUUAACAUUGCUGGGUGUUGUAUUCAAUCCUGUUUAAUAAGUUUCAUAUAUAUGUCUUGCAGUUUCUCUAGCAAGCAACUGUUAGUAAGUGUAUAAUCUAUCAACUUAAUAUUUGUUACAUGUUGCACAAUUUUAUAUUUAUUUAUUGGGAGACUUCUUAUAUAUAACGCGAAUAAUCAAGAAUUUGU